AUGGCUCCUGAGAGCUCUGUGGUUUCUUGCACGGGUGAGCGUAAGAGCACAACAGCUCAGGGCCAUAGCUGUAGCUCAGCUCAUGGUCGUCCGGCUUCCCGGGACACUACUGAGAAGCGCGGUGCGCAAGAUGACGCGAACCGUCAUGAUCCUUCUGGUCAUAAGCGUUUACGACGUCUGGGCAGUUUUGCCGAAGUAACACCUCAACCUCCCACGAGUUCUCGGAGUUUGAGUAGUCCCACAACUUCACAAGAUAUGGGGUUAAACCCUGUCGACAACAAUGACCAACAAGGCGUUCUACGUGGUAGUGAGCGCCACCAUUUUCAUCAAGAAGAGUUAAAGGCGGACGAUGACGACGUGGUCGAUCGCCGUCCGGUGAUUCGCGAUGCUCUUAGUGCGUUGGAGGACAAGGUCCGUCGUCAUCGGCACUCUGCCGAGCAUCUCUCCGAGGUCGCCUACCGUUGUGCGGAAGACCUCGAGAGUCUGGAGUACUUUGCGCACCGCUUGCCUUGUGUUGAGAUUUAUCGUGCUCUGUCGGAGCGGCUCCUGGUCGUUAAGAAGAAGAAUACGUCACUUUGA